AUGGAGCGUGAGCUCCGGUGCAAUGGAGACUAUAGACGGGGAAAUAACACUCUCAGUACCCACAAACGUACAUACUUUCCCGCACGCCUUUCUGCCAUUAUGGGGAAGAAAAAUAAAAAGCUCAAAGUCGUUACAGGUGAGGGAUCCCGUACAUUGGCAACUUGUUGCUACAGAGGCCUAGGCCCAAGAUGGUGGCAUGGCCAGACCGCGGCUCUUCUGCCUCCUCAGAGGCUGAUCCCCUUGAUGUGCCUGAUGCAAUACCAGACACCGCGAGCCUGAAUGCCCCCCUGCCUGUAGCUGAACUCAAUACCGCAGCUACCAAAGCGGAUAUCCUGGAGCUGAUGAGGAACAUAAGAAAGUUCUUCAACGCUGACCUGGCGAUUGUAAGAGAGGAAAUCACAGCAAUAAGGGCCCAGGUACAGGCGACAGAGGGCAACAUAUCGGCCACAGCUCAAAGACAGACGGGCGCUGCCGAACAACAAGCUCAACUCCACAACAAACAGCAGACACUGUCUCAUUGA